AUGACAUUUGUGACGUCAGAUGCGGAGGAGGAGGUGGGGCCUAGCAAUGACAUCACAGCAUUGUUGCUGAGGUAUCGCCAUGCAUUUCUACUGGCCUAUGCAGUGUUCAGCGGGCACUGUUCCCAGGUGGGGGGCCAGGGGGAGGAGGACGAGCAGCCAGGGGGUGUAGCUAAACCACCUGCAGAGGGAGGGGCGGGGCUUUACCUGGGAGAGCUCAGGGUGAUGAUGAGGAUGCUGUUGCAGGAUGAAGAUAUCCACAACAUGGUCAGUCGAGUCAGCAGAGCAAACCAUCCUCCAGGAUCCGCAGAGGGAACGUCUCUGGCCUCUGAGAUCCUACGUCGCUUCACACAGCUGCAGAUGGACCACACCUGGACCGAGUCCCUAUGCGCCACGCUGCAGUUCCCCGACAGGUCUCAGAGGAGCUCCCUGUGGCUGGUGGACUCAGCUGGACUGGUCGCAGAGCAGAUUCCUCUCAACCCGUCUGACUUCUGUCCUUACAGCGCCGCAGGAAGUACCACGGCAUUUCCCUCUUUCAAUCACACUCAGUUCCCACCUAUCCAGUCCUCCGGCCUGCCCCUCAUCCCAGCCCUGCCUAUCAGCGCCACUGUGGCCGCCAAGCUGCUCAGUCAGCUGUCAGGUCCGUCCUGUCCUCCAUUAUGGCGAGGUCGGCUGCUGUAUGUACGCUGUGUUGUCAGUCCAGAAUUCAGCUCCGGACGCAGAGUCAAGAUGUCUGUCCACAACGUGAUGACGCCAGUGCUGUUCAACAACAUCUUCUCGUCUCUGGAAGGCCGGGUUGAGCCAGACCAGUACAUCAUACUGGGAGCUCAGAGGGACUUGCUGAGUCCAGGAGCUGUGAAGUCUGGAGUUGGAACAGCGAUCCUCCUGGAGCUGGCCCGAACUUUCUCCGCUAUGGUGAAGAACGGGUUCAGUCUCAGACGAAGUUUGCUGUUUGUCAGUUGGGAUGCUGGAGAGUUUGGGAACGUUGGAGCCACUGAGUGGCUGGAGGGAUACCUGUCCAUGCUGCACCUGAAGGCUGUAGCCUAUUUCAGUCUCGACCAGGCUGUCAUGGGUAACACAGAGCUCUCAUCCAAUCAGGAGACGUCUUUAAUCUGCCAGCCAAUCAGGGUCUGA